AUGCCCAAAACAUUGCCGUUCUUUGUGUUCUUGAAACUCGCAUUCAAACACAUCACGCGACUAAUUAUUCAAAUUCUUCGCCUGAGCUCUGUCCUUUUCGUAUGGCUUUUCUGGCUACCGUGGACCGUUCGGACAAUCUGGAGGUUUUAUUUUUACGUUGCGGAUGGCGGACCACUGUUCGAUGGCGGAGCUAGUAGAGUAUCCCCCCUCAAUACGUCGACAAUCAAUACCACAAUAUCUGGAGCCCCAAGCUUUAUGGGCUUAAUUGGCCCCGAUAUUUCGUCCUCCGUGAUCAUCCAGGAUACAUCUGCAGCGAAUAUUAGUCAAACAGAUCGAAUUUCGGAUUACCUUCCCCCAACAACCUUUAGGUUUGGAGCAGGAAUCGCAAAUCUAACAUCCUCUUCGCAAAUCAAUCAGAUCCUCGUUGAUACUUUUGAAGGACAAAUCAUCACCAUACUUGUUGUUCUCGCUUUCAUAUUAAUAUUUUUAAUUCGAGAGUGGGUGGUCCAACAACAACCACCCCAACCCCUUGAUGGGAAUGGUCAGCCCGUACAACAACAGGACCCCCGUUUCGACGAGCUCCUAGCAGAAAUAGAACGUCAUAGGGCACGUCGCGAGGCCAAUCUUCAGGGUGAUGCCGGGGAGGCCGGUGUACCCCCCCGCCAGCACAUCUUUGGGAGCGGAGAUGAGGCCGAAGGAGAGGAUAACUCGAGCGAAGAAAGCGUAUUUGGGGGGAACAAUUCUGAAUUUUCCUUCCAAGCUGGAAGGAAUGAGGAUGACGACGGGGAAAUGCCGUUCCGUUUUGAGGAGCCUGUGAGAGUAGAUGAGACAGAGUUCUCUAGCAACUCCCCAAUGUUGGUCCAUGAACAUGGACAAAAUGAACAACCGCUUCAGGGAGAAGCUGAUAUGGGGUUUGACUUACGCGGCCUCACCGAACUAUCGUAUUCUGAUACCGAUGCCUCGACCUCCGCAGCUCCAGUAUAUGGAAAGAGGCAAAUACACCCGAUGCGGAAACGGAAGAGUCUCCAAAUAGAUAACCAUACUCCUCAGCCUGUUUCGGAGAGUUCGGGUUUCUCCUUCCAGUCGUCGUCAUCGUCAUACAACCCUUUCCAAUUUGGGUCUACCGCAAGGCACCCGUUUGCCGAUGCACCUAACACCAGCGACACGAUCAGGCGUCCCCAAAUCAGUCGCGAACUCAGCGCAAUGGCGGCUGGGCUUAGGAGAAGCGUUGAAGAACGGGAGUUGGCGGAACUUGGCCUCGUAUCUAGAGACACUAAAGUGAUGGCGGAACUUCACUCUCGCCUCGAGCAACAAGGGAGAGAACAAGAAACAAAUGCUGGGGACUUGGAACCCGCAUCGUUACGCCCUUUCCAAGAUUCUAGCUCCCAGGCCGAAACCGUAGAGGACGAUUUAAUACCAGUAGCUAAAUCCUCUUCCGAGACCGCUUCCAAAUCAUACAGUUUCGACCUCUCCAGCUCAGGUUCAGAUUUCAAUUGGAAUAAAUACACAGAAUAUGCACAGCAAGAAGAGUCAAGCGGGUCCAGAAAGGGUAAGGCGGCCGCAACCGGUGGAAGGGAGAGUUCUAGUGGAAGUGAUGGGAGUCGAAAGCGAGCAAGUGACAUGAGCUGGGAAGAACUUGUGGAAAUCAACGAAGAGGAAGCUGCAAAUGAAAUAACAGGCAAUGAAUCUCAUGAGCACAAUGCCUUCGACGACGGUAGUAGCGAUGAAUAUAUCGACUUUCAUGACCAGAUUCAGCGAGAGAUUCUUGCUACGGCCGCUAAACACUAUGGUGACCCUGAAGGUCGGUUAGGGGAUAGGAUCAGGGAUGUUGAGCCAAUUUCGGUAGUCGAGGUUGCAGAGCUAGUCAGAGACAGUCACGCAGCUCAAGCACAAAACCAAGGUCCUAUGCGAGAGUUCGCUAUCGAGGCUGCGCUUCCACCUCCGCCUCCGCCUCCGCCCGCCCCCAUCAAUCCCGGCCCACCGCGUUUAGCAGUAGCCCGACCCGCCCCUCCAGCUCCAGCUCCUCCACCGGUCCAAGCCGUUAAUCAGCCCGUUCCUAAUGGAAUCGCGGAUGAUGAUGUUGAAGUUGACGUAGACGACUUUGACGGGGUUAUGGAACUUAUCGGAAUGCGUGGCCCUCUAAUGGCUCUGGUGCAAAAUGGCAUAUUCAGCGCAGUACUCAUUUCUGCUACCAUAGGAAUUGGUGUAUGGUUCCCUUAUAUGUGGGGUCGGGUUGUUCUGACAAUCCUUAGCAACCCACUCGGUUUCUUUAUUACACUUCCGUACCAGGCUAUCAUUUUCACGAUAGAGAUCUUGAUCGACCUAGCUAUUAUGUUCGGUUCUUUCUUGGUAUACUUCUCUGAUCUCAGCGGACGAUGGCUUUUGCGGCCAGCAGGUUGGAUUUUCCCUUACAUGAAGCAGGUAGCUUAUAGCCAAGGGACCUCGGAUUUUACUCAAAACCUGGCGACUGGUGCCCAUAGCCGUAUAAGCAAAAGUGUCGGCGCCCUGGUCAACCAUGUGGCAUCUAUGCGAACCUCUCAAAGCCCACAAAACCCACUUCAGUUGUUCAAAUGGCCCACAGCCCAAUCUCUCAAUAAAACAGUCGCGGGUAUAUCCAAAACCGCCAGUAUGUUUGGGCUCAAUGGAACCGAUAUCUUUCAAAAGCUUCACCGACUAGUAGAUUAUCCAGUACCCACAGUACAAAAUCUAACUGUGGUUACUGAUAGCGCUGCUCCUCUUAAUUCUUCCGAUUUCAAAGACGCCGUUUCUGGAAACACUACCCUCGUUCAAGAGCUAACUAACGCUGGACACGAUGCCGUGUGGACGCCUCUUGAUCGAAUAAUCAUUGUUAUCGCAGGAUACUUCUUCAUAAGUGUCAUGGGCGCAUUCUACCUCCAACAUAAAAGAAAUCUAGCCAAGAAGGGAAUCCAUCCGCAGGGCUUUGACCGUAAACUAGUUGAGGGGCUUGGUCAGGCAGGAAGUGUUAUGAAAGUCGUACUCAUAAUAGGGAUCGAAAUGUUUGUGUUUCCGCUUUAUUGUGGAUUCCUUCUAGACCUGGCCCUCCUUCCUCUAUUCGAACAUGCUACGAUUUGGAAUCGCUGGCUGUUUUUGAAGGAAUUUAUGUUCACUUCUCUCUUCGUACACUGGUUCAUUGGCACUUGUUACAUGUUCCACUUCGCUCUUUUUGUUUCAAUGUGCCGAAGUAUAAUGAGAGAUGGUGUUUUAUAUUUCAUUCGAGACCCAGACGAUCCAACUUUCCAUCCUGUCAAGGAGGUCCUGGAACGCCCCGUUACUACGCAACUCAAGAAAAUCGGCUUUAGCGCAAUCAUUUAUGGUGUUCUAGUGAUCAUGUUCCUCGGUGGUGUCGUAUGGUCCCUCCACUACUCAUUCUCUGGCUUGCUACCCGUUCAUUGGUCUUCAAAUGAACCAGUCCUCGAAUUCCCCGUCGAUCUAUUAUUCUACAACAUCUUUAUGCCAUUAGCUAUCAAGUACUUCCGGCCUGCCAAUAUUCUAGAAAAGAUAUAUGGAUGGUGGUUUAGACAAUGCGCGAAAGUGCUUCGUCUCUCGUCUUUCAUGUUCGGUGAGCGCCGAGUGGAGGAAGAGGGGAUCUUUGUUCGAAAAACAUGGGCCUCCUGGCUUCUCCGCCGAAAAGGACCUAUUCCUACCCUCCUUGAAACAGAAGGAGAGACUGAAGAAGUCUCGGACUUUAAGGAAGCUCCGGGUUCAGCCGACCUUACUGUUACUUUUGAGAGAACUGGCAGAUUCGUGCGCGCUCCCGCUAAAGAUAGUGUUCGACCCUCGCGAGAGAAUCUUUUUAUACCAGUCAACGAGAAGAACGAAAGAAUCGAUGGUAAAGAGGACCCUGCAGACGGAGAUUUUGGACCGAACAGUGAAAGCGUGACGCUAGUUUAUCUCCCGCCGAAUUUCAGAACAAGAAUCGGGCUUGUCAUCUGCCUUAUAUGGUUCUUCACGGCUUGCACCGGCGCAGCCGUUACCGUUGGGCCACUAGUAUUUGGACGCUUCAUCUUAGGAAUGUUGUUACCAGGAUCUCUCCGGAUGAACGAUCUCUACGCAUUCUCCCUUGGUCUCUAUGCUCUUGGGGGCGUCGUUCUAAUAGUAUCUAGCUUCAAUGCCGCAAAAGAAGCAACAGGGAGGAUGAAAUCGGCUAUCGCAAGCAUCCAAGCAUUCAAGCAAACCGCAUGGAUCUGCACUAUCCGGGCCCUCAAAAUAGUCUAUGUCUUAGGAGCCUUUGUUGUUGUUCUCCCAACCCUGUUUGCUUUCGUUAUGGAAGCAUACAUCAUCUUGCCCUUACAUACCUACUUCUCAACCGACAACAACCAUGUUAUACAUUUCAUUCAAGAUUGGACACUUGGGGUCUUGUAUGUCAAGAUGCUUGGUAGAAUGAUUCUUCUUGACAGAGAUUCCGCAUGGUCUCGAUCCCUCGAAGCAAUUGUGGCAAAUGGCUAUCUGAAUCCGGAUGUUGGAAUCGCGACAAAGAAAUUCGUUCUACCAGCCGGUGGUGCGAUGGUAGCGGCUUUGAUUGCUCCUCUGGGAAUCGGUUUUUUUAUCAAUACAUUCAUCGUCAAAGGAGCAUCGCCUGAACUAUCCCAUCAAAUCUAUCGCUACUCUUAUCCUGCAGUUUUGGUAGCUUCCGUGGCUUCCAUCGGAAUUUACUUUUUGUAUACAUUGUUCGACCGGUGGAAACAAAGUCUACGGGAUGAAAUCUACCUAGUUGGAGAGCGGCUUCACAACCAUGGCGAACGUCGACCCCCAGAAUCUCGUUCGGCUCCCCUAGCGGACAACCCUACGGCGCCCGCGAUCCCAGAGGCAGAGCCGCUACUGAACGCCCAAGUUCAACCAAACGUCGAGGAUAACGCAAACGAGCCAGAUCAGCUACGAGAGCCACUAGGCUUCAACGGUGCACAACUGGACAGGCCGGAACACGUACUGGAACAGAUCGACAGUUCAGUUCAAACGGCAACUGAUUGA